AUGUUUGACAACAGUACAGCGAAGAAUGAAUCAAAACCCGGGGCAAUAUGUGCUUUUCUUGAAGAUACAUCUGCCGAGGUAAAUUUGAAGGCCUUCGCUUAUUGUUUAAUCGCGAUCGGCUCUUUACUUGGAAAUUCGCUGGUAAUCUUGGUCAUUCUCAAGAACCGCAAAAUGCGAUCUCCUAUAAACUACCUGAUAAUAAACAUGGCGUCUUCGGACAUUUUAUUCACUGUAUUUGGCAUAUCACGUUUGAUCGUGAAGCUCUACUCGGCCCCUUUCAGGUGGUUUGUGAGUGGAAUAUUCGGCUCCCUCCUGUGCAAAUUGGAUUAUUUUGUCCAGGAUAUCGCAACAGCC